GACCAAACCUCUCCCUACUAAACCGUUCCUGCACUCACUGCCGCCACAACCUCCGAUCAGAAGGCCGCCUCGAGGGGCUGUUCACGGCGUCGCCGGCAUCUUCGUCGGAAGAUCCACCGCCCUUCACGCCGGACCACCAUCUUCCCCCUUCUUCUUCUUGCUAAACCAGCCCCAACUCCGAGAACCCACCGUUCCCGCCGCUGUCGACGAAACCAACGACCACAUGCCGCGAACCAAGGCCGCGCCGGUGACGCUGCUCGUCGCCGGCCGUUGGGUCUUCUCCCUUCCUUCUCCUUUUCCCGCACGAGAAAAGCUCUCUCUCGCUCCUUCGUCAAGCACCGCCUGAGCGAUCCUGACCGCCACAAAGCAGAGCACCUCUGUGCCACAGGUCGCAACUAAGGUCGCAACCGGACCUCACGUUGACGUCUUCCACCCCCACGGCCAAAUCCACUUCUACCCCCAAAAUCGUCACUGCGCCAGCCACCUCUAGGAGUCCCACUAUUUAGCUAUAAGAGAAAACAGCCCCAAAGGCUUGCCGAGACAAUGAUUGGGGGUUUGCUUAUUGCCCGUGAGAAUCAAUGUACGAAGAAUUAUAUUGAUUACUCUGCCCACAAUUAUUAACGCUCUUCUUCGUGGCUUUUUAUUUUCAAAGGAGAAAUACAAGAAAGAGCCAUGCGACCAUUCUCAAGGAAAAUAUGUACGUGCUGUAAAAAGAUUGCUUUCACUGAUUCAAGAAGUAUAACAACUUACUUAACAAUUUGAUCAUAUUUGCUAGUUGGUCAUGAAACUGCCACUUUGGAGCCCUUACACUUCAAUUUGACAGAAACUGAGUUAGCGACUAAUAACUUUUCCAACGAAGACAAGAUAGGAAAAGGUGGAUUUGGAGAAGUUUAUAAGAUAAAAAGUUGACAGAUGAGCAAAUUAUCGACAAGAUUAAGUGUGGGGGAUCGUAGUUGUUGACGAGGAUUUCCUUGACAUUUGGUGCAACCAGAUUGCACAUGCACGGUUCCAUUUAAGUGCGACAUCAACUUAUAACAGUUAACCUCUGAUAUUAGUAUGUCAUCCAUGUUUGGUUUUUCCGUUUUUCAAGUCUCAAAUUGGACUUGGAAAAUCUUCACCUUCAGAUUAAUAUUUUCCAAUAUGAAUAACCCUUUCUUGCACUACAAGUUUCUGCAGGCAAUUUGUGUCGCUGAUUUAUUUACCUCUAGUUUUUAUGAUUAUCGAUUAAUAUAUUUCUUACAUUUUAUUAAAGCUUUUUGGUCUAAAAAGUACAAACUAGGGACGUAUAAAAUGGUUAGGUUUAUGGCUUUGUCCCAAAAAGCCGAAAACAAAGGUAGGGGUCACAUAUGACAUUGGAAUUUGAAGUUAGGUGUAGAAAACUUUUUCCUCUUGUGUGCAAAUUAAAAACUUGGUUUUCUGAGAUUGGAAUGGUUCAGCGAUUUUGGAUCUGUGAAAUAAAAAUAAAUUACCGCAAAACACGUGGUUUAAAGCAAUGUUUUUGCUUACAAUACAAUCUAAUUUUCGACUCUGUUUUCGGAUUCGGACUGAAGGCUCCACAAUCCAAAUUGCUGUUAGUAGAAAGACCCCACCACUCAUGGUUUUCUGAAGUAACGUCAUACUAACAAAUCAUCACAAGUAAAAAAUAUAUACAUAUAUUAUUAUGAAAAGCUAUCAAGUUAUGCACCAAAUUCUAUGUAUGAAGUUCUGCGUAAAUAGACAGAACAAUGGAUGCUUUCCUGUUUUACCUCAACAAUGAAUUAAACUGAAUAUGCAUAUAAAUAAUGACGAAAAGGAAGGGCUUCAAAUUCACGUGAAAAAAGUCCUCAUAUAUUUUUUAUCAUUCUAGGUAUAUAUGUUUUUCUCUUUAUCUAAUUCAUUUUCUUUGCACUGUCUUUGUCUCAUCACUUUUUGUAGCUUUUUUUCCACCCAAUCGAAGGAGGAGGAGCUGGUAUUGAAAAGUACUGUUAGUUAGUUAUCUGUAUGGGUUAUGAGAUAGUUAUUUUUGAUUAAGAAAAUAAUGGCAAUUAUGAUAUUAUACAGUGGCUUUUGAGCUUGUCAAUCAAUGCUAAGAAAGGAACACACGUAACCGACCACCUUGGAACCUUAUAAAAGAGUGUCUGUGCUUAAUCCCUGAACACACAUACACAUACUUAUUUUGCUUUCUUCCUCACUUUUGUUUUUUGAAAGAGUGUUUUUCUGAGGAGAGGAAUAAAACAUCCCCACCACCAUCCCCUUCUGUUCCUCAUAAUUAACACUUUCUCAAAACACACUCAGAAACAAGAAAAUAACCAAAACCUUUGAGAUGCAUGCACAACACAAAUCCCCCAAGACAUACCCGACACUUGCCCAGGUAUUAGAAGAAGUAAAGAGAAUGACAGACAUAGGGUUCCCAAUAUCAGCCAUGAGCUUUGUGGGGUACCUUAAAAACUUGACCUUAGCUGUGUGCAUGGGAAGGUUGGGAAGCCUGGAGUUAGCUGGAGGCUCUUUGGCCAUAGGUUUCACCAACAUAACUGGUUACUCUGUCCUCUCAGGUCUAGCCAUGGGCAUGGAACCCCUCUGCACCCAAGCCUUCGGUUCUAGAAACUUCUCCUUACUCUCUCUAACUCUGCACAGAACAAUUCUCAUGUUACUUCUAUUUUCUCUUCCCAUUUCUCUUCUUUGGCUCAACCUCCAACCUCUCAUGCUUUUCCUUCGUCAGAAUCCAGACAUAACUCGUGUAGCAACCCUCUAUUGCCGCUUCGCCAUCCCAGACCUCAUAGCCAACAGCUUCCUCCACCCUCUUCGCAUCUAUCUACGCAGCAAAGGAACAACUUGGCCACUGCUGUGGUGCACUUUACUUUCCAUUCUUCUACACCUUCCCACCAUCACCUUUCUAACCUUCAAACUCCACCUUGGCGUUCCGGGAAUCGCUGUUUCAUCCUUCGUUGCCAAUUUCAACAACCUUUUCUUCCUUCUUCUGUACAUGCUCUAUACACGCGUUCCCGAGGAGUCCUUACACAUGCCGUUACUACUGCCUCCUACCAUGUCACAUAAUAAUGUGAUAACAUGUGGUAGCAGUGGUAGUACUCUUGCCAUGGAGUGGGGUGUGCUACUGAAAUUUUCAAUACAAAGUUGUCUGGCUGUUUGCUUGGAAUGGUGGUGGUACGAAUUGAUGACAAUCUCAGCAGGCUACCUCAACAACCCUCGUGUUGCUCUAGCCACGGCUGGCAUAGUGAUACAAACCACAUCUCUUUUGUACACUUUGCCAACAGCACUGAGUGCAUCGGUGUCAACGAGAGUAGGGAAUGAGCUUGGGGCGGGGCAAGCUGAAAGAGCGAGUUUGGCAACGGUGGUAGCGAUUGGAUUAGCACUUGCAAGCUCAAUUUUUGGUUUAUUGUGGACCACUGUGGGAAGAGAAAAGUGGGGGAGAGUGUUCACCAGUGACGGUGAGGUGCUGCAACUGAGUAUGGCAGUCUUACCUAUAAUCGGAGUUUGUGAGUUAGCGAAUUGUCCACAAACCACAAGCUGUGGAAUCCUGAGAGGAAGUGCUAGGCCUGGUGUUGGGGCAGUUAUAAACUUUUGCUCCUUUUAUUUGGUGGGAGCACCGGUAGCCAUUGUUUUGGCCUUCGUUUGGAAACUUGGGAUGGUUGGGCUGUGUUAUGGAUUGCUGGCAGCACAGAUCGCAUGUGUGGUGUCAAUUUUCGUUGUGGUGUACAAAACUGACUGGGAAACGGAGUCAUUGAAAGCCAGAAGCUUGGUGGGAAAGGGUGUGUCUGGCACUUUCGCAUUUCAUCAGAACCAAAUUACGGUCAAAUGUGAAGAACCUGUUGUCUUUCUCAAAGACAACAACUCAGAAAAGUGAACAAGUUACGCCCCUGAUAUAUACACCAGAAACACUUCAACCCAAAAUUAUCAUUCUUUUAGUAUUGGAAAAUAGAUUGUUUUCACACCCCAAAUCUUGCAUCCUUCCCCAUUAAUACGUAAUGUAGGAGGAGGAUCUAAGAUUUUAGAGCGUGAAGUUUUAUUUUUUUACUGUGAUUAUACAUAUGCAUUUACAUAACGGUGAACUUUUUUUCCUUGCAGC